AUCGUUAUUUGUUGGACGGUAUCGAAUAAUCUAUAACUUAACGUACGCUAGUUUGUCGGUGAUAGACACGUUAAACGUAAGAAUAAAAUGUUGCUGUAUCUGGGUGUGUUGCUAUCUUCUAUAGUUGAGAUUAUAAAUUAUUAUAUCGGAGAGUAUUGUUACGUUAAAAAGUUGUGUCAACAUGACGAUGGGAGAGAACUUACCGAAGACUAUGAAUCAACUAUAGUUCGCAUUAAGGUGCCAUAUUCAGAACGAAACUGUUGCCCGGAUAAAAUCUCUUCCAAUGUGUCAGAUAGAAAAGAGAGUUCUACAAAUUUGGACAAAACUAAGGAAAUAAAACUCGCGCAAGAGGCAAGACCGGUUUUCUCGAAAGAAACGCAGACUGUUUCUGCAAAGUUACCUCACAAUGGACACAGAACAGCGAUUUGGGCACCUGCGCUGAAAAAUCAACUAGAUAAUAUUACAAAUUCUUCCUCGGAGGCCUGUAAAAAUACGACAAUAGUGCAAGCUCAGAUAGAAGCACGUCCUAUGAAUAUUACGACGGACGACACUGCCGAAUCUCUCCGAGACGAUAGCGCUAAUUCUUCGCAACAUUCAUCCAGACGCAGUUAUUUAACCGAUAAAAGAAUCAAGAGGUUAAAAUGGAAGGCGGAAAUUUGCUCGAGAUUGGGAAAAUUAAGAGGCAAAGACAUAAAAAGCAAUGAGAGUGACCAGAAGUUUAGAAACCAAAAGCUAGAUAUCCCUGCUCGAACUUUCAAUAAUUUAUCGCCAAUCGAACAUCCGAUGACACUGCACAAGAAUCGACCUGCCAGCGUAUUCACCUCAACGAGGAUCAGUGUCAGCGGUUCGAACUUGAGACCGACGAAUGACGAAGCCAUGGCGAAAAAUGGUAAUAUAAUGGAAGGGUACGAUGGGAUUUCGAAGAAAUUCCAAAACGACCAUCCAUCGAUCGUCGAUCUGGACGAAAAAUCAAUUUGCAAUCUGGCCAUCAAUGAUAUAACGAUGAAUCAAACUCAAUUGUCAAAUAUAUUCGAAAGUAGAAGUAUGUCAACGUCUGUUCGAACAACCACAGAGGCUUUGAUUAUUACUCUUAAAUUCUAUCGGGAAGAAAGGAAUAACGGAAUGCCUCGUAAAAAGGAUACUUCGUUUUGCGAAUGCCCACUCCUGAGAGUAUUUGCUAAUUUGCCAGGAAUGUUUGGAAAUUUUUCUGCUAAGUUAUUCUCAUCGCAGUAAGCAUAGAAAAAUUCUAUACCUUCUAUUCGGGUCUCUGAUUACUCGAAAACAGGUACUGAUUCUAGGAACGAAACCACGUACAUGGAGCUUCCUAAUGUUGGAAAGAAACUUAAGGUAACGAAUCGGUAUACGAUAGAAGACAACGCGUAUCGAGAAGAACGCCGAGUAUAAUAUUCUGUCAUAACGGAAUAAUAUAAAUAAUAUAAAUUAUUUAACAAAAUAAUUUCUUUUCUCGUUUUGGGAACAAGAAUCUCAGCUAAGGUUCUUGAUACAAAUAAUAAUUCGUUAUAUAAAUAAUAAUGGUAAUGCAUCUUUAUCUUCUAUCUU